CUGUAGCCAUUUCCAACGUCAAGAUGCAGUUUCGGACAGUGUUGGAUGUAAAAGUCGUGGACGUGGAGAAGCGGCGCAAUCCGUCCAAACAUUACGUGUAUCUCAUCAAUGUCACAUACUCUGACAACACCUCCCACAUAAUCUACAGGAGAUACAGCAAAUUCUUUGACCUUCAGAUGCAGAUUCUUGACAAGUUCCCAAUCGAGGGAGGGCAGAAAGAUCCCAAGAAGAGAAUCAUCCCAUUUCUCCCAGGUAAAAUCCUGUUCAGGCGGAGUCAUGUGCGUGAUGUGGCCAUGAAGAGGCUACGUUUCAUCGAUGACUACUGCAGGGCUCUGGUCCGUCUCCCUCCUCAGUUGUCUCAGAGUGAGGAGGUGCUGCGCUUCUUUGAGACCAAAGCUGAUGACCUCAACCCCCCAGUAGAGGACUAUGGAUCAUCCAAGCGCAAAUCAGGCAUUGACAGCUCGGACCCUAUGGUGCUGGAGCAGUACGUGGUGGUGGCCAACUACGAGAGGCAGGAGAACUCUGAGAUCAGCCUGCAGGCCGGGGAGACGGUGGACGUGAUCGAGAAGAGCGAGAGCGGUUGGUGGUUCGUCAGUACAGCCGAGGAGCAGGGUUGGGUGCCGGCCACAUACCUGGACUCACAGAACGGCACUAGAGAUGACCUGGAACUUAGCACCGUCAGGACAGGAGAAGUUACUAAGAGACGCAAGGCUCAUCUGAAGAGACUGGACCGCAGAUGGACCUUGGGAGGCAUAGUGAACCGCCAGCAGAGUCGAGAAGAGAAGUACAUGACGGUGCAGCCGUACGCCAGCCAGGGGAAGGACGAGAUCGGUUUUGAGAAAGGGGUCACCGUGGAGGUCAUCCAAAAGAACCUGGAGGGCUGGUGGUACAUCAGGUACCUGGGGAAGGAGGGCUGGGCCCCGGCCUCAUACCUGAAGAAGAUGAAGGAGGACUUCUCAUCCCCGGGUAGGAAGAAGACCCUGACAGGCCCUGUGGAGAUCAUCGGCAACAUCAUGGAGAUCAGCAACCUGCUCCAGAAGAAGUCCAGCAGUGAGAAGGAUGUCCAAACGGAUGGAGAUUCCACCAGUCCUGAGCGUCACAUCUCCAAGAGUGAGAUCAGCCUGCCCAUGCCCUAUGCCCCAGGUCCGAGUCCCAGUCCUGGGCUGAGUUCUGGAUCUGGGAUGGGUACCUCCAGUCCUAGCCUGGGCCCUGGUGCUAGUGGUCCUCUACAGGACAGUAAGGGGAAGACGGAACCUGGUUCCCCUGCUGUAGCACGUGUCGCUCCACACAGAGUGUCGAUAGGCUCUCCCAACCUCCGACAAAAACCUCCCCCUAGAAGAGAAACAAAUCUGGGCUUCCAGUUACCCAAGCCACCAGAGCCCCCUACUGUGGAAGCGGAGUACUACACCAUCGCAGAGUUCCAGUCCUGCAUCUCUGAUGGCAUCAGUUUCCGUGGAGGACAAAAAGCUGACGUCAUAGAGAAGAACUCCGGGGGCUGGUGGUAUGUCCAGAUCGGGGAGACGGAGGGUUGGGCCCCCUGCUCGUACAUCGACAAACGCAAGAAGCCCAACCUCAGCCGACGAACCAGCACGCUUACUCGCCCCAAAGUCCCGCCCCCAGCUCCACCCACCAAAAAGCAAGACUCAGAAGAGACGCCAUCACCUUCUCCCAGUCACUCCAUCUCCUCAUCCUCCAAAGCCCCAGAAUCCCCCAGCCGGCCCACAGUAUAUGAGGAACCGGAAUAUGACGUUCCCGCUGUUGGAUGCGAGGGCGAGUCGGACACAGAUUCCCUGAAGGGAGAGACAAUACAUCGCCCCCUGGAGGUGAAAAUCAACAGUGUGGUCUGUGAGAAGUACCGUAGUUCUCCUCCGGUCUGCAAGACCUCCCCUGUGAUUAUCAGCUAUAGAAGAAGGUCCUUCAGGUCCGUUGAAGAGAUGGCCAAGGAAGAAUGUAUCUAUGAGAAUGAUGGCUUCAGGUGCAGUAGUGGUGAUGAAGGGGCUUCGGCCAAAGGCUGCGGCGGUUCCAACUCCCCAAGGAUCUUCCACUCCUCGACUGUACCCCGCAAAGCCUCAGGGUCUUCACCUCUAGCAGGGGGAAAGCCAUUGAAGAAGAUCGCCCCGGAGCUGAUCCGAAGCCAGUCCCUAGCCAAAGCCGACACCAGCCCCAGGUCGUCCUCAGACGAAUCGGGUAGAGGUUCCAGGAAACCUCCAGGCAUCCGGACGGUGGAGCAAAGGAUAGGCCAGAGCCCCUCCACCAAGCCAAAGCCCUCAGUGAGGCCUAAACCUCUCCUCCCCACCAAGUCAGAGCCACAGUGCCCUGAGAGGAUGGACAUCACUUCCCUGAGGCGCCAGUUGAGGCCCACGGGUCAGCUCCGGCAUACCGUCCAUGGGCUCAAAGACUCAGAGACGGCCUCCGUCAUCUCGUCGGAGGACUCCCAUUCUUCCCGCAACAGCACCUCAGACCUCUCCUCCAUCUACUCCAAAGGGAGCCGGGGAGAUUCGGAUCUGGAGGGGUUCAACCUAUACCGGACCACAGACGCCUACGACAAGGUCCAGGAGUCAGAGCUGAGCUUUCCAUCUGGGGUGGAGGUGGAAGUCCUGGAGAGGCAGGAGAGUGGCUGGUGGUACAUCCGUUGGCGGGACGAGGAAGGCUGGGCGCCCACUUUUUAUUUGGAGCCCAUGCGCCAAGGAAGGGACGGCGGUGGGUCCGAGUCUGACGGGCAGCGCUCUGGGUCGGGCAGCGGUACCGGGAGCAAGUCCAACAGCCUGGAGAAGAAUGAGCAGCGCGUGCUGGCGCUCAACGACAUCAACCUCCAGGGACUCACCAAUCACCACCAGGUGCACCAUACGCCAGGGGGUCUGAGAUCGAGGAACACUCCCCCCAUCCCCUCCAAGCCUCCGGGGGGCUUCUCCAAGCCGGCUGUGCUGGUUAACGGAGCCGUGAGAAUGAGGAACGGUGGGGUGAGACCGCAGUCUGCCGUCAGACCCCAGUCCGUGUUCGUGUCUGCACCACAGCCCGCCAUGGUCAGUCAACAUUACAUGACGAGUUCCCUGAGGCGGAACGAGUCAUUGGCCGCCCACAACCAGUAUCGUACUGACCAGUACCGCUCCGGUUCCGCUACCCUCGGCGUGCGCCGUAACUCCUCUUUCAACGCUGUGCGUGCGCAACCCGUCACAGUCGAGACCCGAUCGAGACCCUCAGAGCGCUCUAUCACCACCAGGGGGUCUUCGGCGGAACGAUUUGGCGCCGGUGGCGGGACGGAUGCCUUGAGCAGGGUUGGGGUUGUUGUGCAGCGUAAUGGUAUCCCCGUCUCCACAGUCAGGCCAAAGCCUAUCGAGAAGAGCCAGCUGAUCCAUAACAACCUGGGGAGGGAGGUAUAUGUUUCCAUCGCUGACUACCGGGGGGACGAUGAGACCAUGGGCUUCCCUGAGGGCACCUGCCUGGAGGUUCUAGACAGGAACCCCAAUGGGUGGUGGUACUGCCAGGUCCAAGAUGCCCUGCACCCCCGCAAGGGCUGGGUCCCCUCCAACUACCUAGAGAGGAAAAAGUAAUGGCCUAAUAAUAAUAACAAUGCCCCCCUUUGAUGAUGUCACUAAGAAUAUUGGUGAUGACAUCACUCCAUAAGAA